UAUAACCCAAAAUGUGAGAAAGAAAGCAUGAUAGGUCUACCAUGUUGACAUGUUGAGGUUGGGUGAUUUGUUAUAAGACCACAUUUUAAUUGUUUGUCAUUAUGUCAUCCCGGAUUAUAAUCAAGAGUCUACCAAGAGACAUCACCAGAGACAAGCUGGUUUCACAUGUGCAGAAGAUAUGUCCUGGUGUGGAAGUCACAGACUGCAAUCUCAAAUACACUCGAGACGGUGUAUUCAGGAAAUUUGCCUUUGUUGGUUUCAACUCAAGCCAGGAUGCUACAACUACAUGCAGAAAGCUCAAUGGGACAUUUAUCACAACAACAAAAAUUCAGACUGAUAUGGCGGCUGAUGUCGGAGAUGGUUCGAUCAAAGCAUGGAGCAAAUAUUCUGCAAGAGCAAAAAUGAAAGAGUUGGCCGAAGGUGGAAAAAAGAAAAACAAUGAUGCUGAAGCUGAUGGAGAGACAGAGAUGACCAAGCCACAGGAUGUUGAGGAAAAAGAAGAAGCGAAGCCAGGGAGGACUGGAUUUGUGAUCAAGAUGAAAGGCUUCUCUGGAUUUUACUCUGAGAAAACAGUCAAGGAGUUUUUCAAGCCCAUUAAGCCUCUCAAGAUUCGCAUCCCCAGAAAUGCUCAGAAGAAGCCCAUGGGUGUGGCUUUUGUGGAGUUUUCGACUGAGAAAGAUCUGGAGCAAGCUAUGGGAAGAAACAAGAAUUUCAUCAAUGGUAAGAAGAUUUUCCUGAAGAAAUCAGCAGAAGAAGUUGUAGAGAAAAAAGCCUCAGCACCCCCAGUGUGGGAAGUGAAGGCUAAAGAAUCCGAAGCUCAAGUUGAAAGCAUUGGAGAGUCUGGCCGUUUGUUUGUUCGGAACUUGUGGUUCGGUAUGACUGAGGAGGAGCUAGAGAAGGUGUUUGGGAAGUUCGGUCCCCUGGCUGAAGUGGUGCUACCCGUCGACCCACUGACCAAGAAAGUCAAGGGCUUUGCCCAUGUGGUGUUCGUGUUUCCCGAGCACGCGCUCAAAGCGUACACGGAGCUGGACUACACAAGUCUUCACGGACGUCUCAUGCACAUCUUGCCGGGGCGAGAGAAUUCGUCAGAAGAUGUCUCCAAUGAACAGUCAUCUUACAAGAAAAAGAAAGACUUGCAGCAGAAAGCGAACAGCUCAAACUCCCACAACUGGAAUGCUCUGUUCCUCGGGGCCAACGCUGUGGCCGACGCCAUGGCCAAGAAGUAUAACACAGACAAGAGCCGGAUACUGGACAGUGAUGCCAAGGGCAGUGUGGGAGUGCGUAUGGCAUUGGGAGAGACGCAGAUUGUGGCUGAGACCAGAGACUUUCUACUCUCUCACGGAGUUGCCCUCGACAGUUUCGGUCAGGCGGCAGGGGAAAGAAGUAAGACGGUGAUCCUGGUUAAGAACUUGCCAACUGGAGUGACGAGCGAUGAACUACGCGAGAUCUUUUCCCGCCACGGGUCGGUGGCGCGCGUUGUCAUGCCGCCAACAGGAAUCACGGCGGUUGUGGAGUAUCUGGAACCUUCCGAGGCCAGGCAAGGCUUUCUGAAACUCAAUUUUUCAAAGUUCCGAUCCAUCCCACUAUACUUAGAGUGGGCCCCCAUGGGUGUCUUCAGUACGCCCGCACCUAGCCCUGUGACGAAAGUGGAGAAGAAAGAAGAGAAGGAGGAGGAUAUGGAUGCAAAAGAAGGAGACGAAGAUGACAAAGAUGACAACAAUAAUGAUGGUGAUGAUGGUGGUAACGAUGAUGGUCAAAUGAAAACAGAACAGGAUGAAAGCACAGAGCCUGAGCCUGAGGAAGGCUCAACCAUCUUCGUCAAGAACUUGAACUUUGCAACAACAGAUGAGCAGUUACGCCAGCAUUUCUGCGACGUUGGAACUGUUCAGUCUGCGACUGUUGCAAAGAAGAAAGAUCCAAAGAAACCCGGUGAGCUACUGUCCAUGGGCUAUGGCUUUGUUCAGUUCAUGAAGAAGGCUGAGGCAAUGGAAGCCCUGAAGAUGUUGCAGAACUCAGAUCUGGAAGGACAUAAGCUGGAGCUGAAACUGUCCACCCGACCUGCCUCCCAAGUGCGGGGCCGACAGAAGCAAGUCGCGACUAAACAGACGUCGUCCAAGAUUCUGGUGAGGAACAUCCCCUUUGAGGCCAACAAGAAAGAGAUAGAGGAACUCUUCAAGGUGUUUGGAGAGCUGAAGUUUGUCCGGCUGCCCAAGAAGCUGCGAGGGACAGGGCCGCACCGAGGGUUUGCCUUUGUGGACUUUCUCACUAAGGAGGACGCCAAGCGAGCGUUCAACGCACUGUGCCACUCCACUCACUUGUACGGCCGACGUCUGGUGCUGGAGUGGGCCGAGGCAGAGGAGAGCCUGGAUGAGCUGAGGAGGAAGACCGCUCAACAUUUCUCUGACGAUGGUCCAAAGAAGAAAGUGAGCAAGUCUAGCAUUAUGAAAGAUCUUGAGUGACAGGUGCUGAGCUGAGAACUCAGGGGAGAAAAGAAACUGUUCUGAGCCUAGGGCUUUUCUGGGCGCAGUGUUUUCUGGACGCAGUGUUGUCUGUCGUGAACGUAAACGUCCAUCUGUACUUGUAUUUCUGGGAAUGAGGCCAUCUUCAAACAGGAUGUGCUCAGAUGUUGCUGUCAUUGAAUCUGACCAAAUUCUGACUAUUAAACAUUGUUCUGACAUAUUAUGUUAUACUCCA